GAUUUAAAGUAGUUCGUCAGAAAGCACGCGUUCCUUUUCCGAUCAAGACACAGACAGAACACAGAAUCAAGACAAUGGCUCAGCAACAACAACAGCAAGAAACUUCUCUUGGAGAAGCAAGCUCUAGUUUGGUGGAGGCCAUGAAAAGUGAAAUAAGCCAACUGGAUGCAAACUGCCAGCCACAUGGAAUAAGACUCUUAAACGAUGAGGUGAAAAGAAUAGAACAAGGAGGGCCAAAGAAACAAGUGCCACUAGUUGAAGCUCAUCACAACCGCCCUCAGGCUGUUGCAUUGAAAGUAAAGAUACCUGUUUCAGAUUUUCCAAAAUUCAAUUUUGUUGGAAAACUGCUUGGUCCCAAAGGAAUGUCAUUAAAAAGACUGCAAGAGGAAACUGGAACAAAGAUGUCUAUUCUUGGUAAAGGAUCAAUGAGGGACAAAGGAAAGGAAGAUGAGAUGAGGAAAGAAGGUGGAAAAUAUGCUCAUUUAAAUGAAGAUCUUCAUUUGUUAAUAGAAGUGUACAGUGAGAUAUCUGAUUGUUAUGCUCGUCUGUCUCAUGCUCUGUCAGAAGUACAGAAAUACCUCACACCAGAGUAUAAUGAUGAAAUUACACAACAACAGAUGCAGGAGAUGAACUACAUGUCAAAUGGUUCACAGCCAGCUAGAGGUGGUGGAAGAGGAGGGGCACCUCCAGGUCGUGGAGCACCCAGAGGGGCACCUGCCCCAAGGGCAAGGGGAGCACCUAGAGGUGCACCUGUUGGACGUGGAGCACCAAGAGGAGUUGCUGGUCGUGGUGCACCAGUUGGACGAGGAAGGGCUGCCCCUCCCCCUGUGGCCCCUGUUGCUCAAAGUCUUGAGACUGCUGGAUAUGAUGAUUAUGGUGUUGGUGGUUAUGAAGGUUAUGCAGAUCCAUAUGCCAGAGAUCCAUAUGCAGAAAGUGGAUAUGGUGCAGGUGACACUCAGUAUUUUGAUUAUGGGCAUGGUGCAUCAGCAACCGCUUCAUAUGAUGAAUCUUAUGCUGACAAUUCUUGGGCUACAGGAGCUACAGCAGGAAAAGCUCCACCAACAGGUCGAGGUGGAAGAGGACAAUAUAGACCACAUCCCUAUGGAGCAGGCAGAGGGGGUUAUUGAAAUAGUUAAUGGUUGUCUGUACCUGUGUAUUGUCCGUCAAAUUGGUGUUCUGUAAAGAUACCUCAAUAGAAAUAAUUGAGGUAUAUACUACAUGCUGCAGUUUUAUUUUUGCAACACCAAAAUGAAUAUGAACAUUAAAUGGAUAAAAGUAAACUUUAAAAUUUACCUUGAAAGAUUUUAAAGCUGAAAUUGGACUAUUUUUGUUAGUUUUGCCAAACUAAUAUUGUUUUAAUUUGUAGUUUUAACAGGAUUUUAAUUGUUAAAACAAUAUGAAAAAUUUAGUCACGGAUCAAAUGAAGAUGUCAUAAUACCAUAAGCCAUUGUUGUAAUAAAUUCACCUUUCAUAUAAUUUUGAGUCUUUGUUAUAUCCACAAUAUUACUGUAGAAAUCCAAUGUCUCAAAUACCCUUCCUUACAAAGUAGGUUGUCCACAAUAACAUGAAAUAAUAAAUAUUAAAACCUUAAUAUAUAAUAUUGUUUGUACGGUUUGAAACAUCAGUGUUUUAAAAAUCCUGUAAAAAGUUAUGAGGCAUUGGAUUUUUUCUUAAAUAAAUAAUAAAAUGUAUGAUUGUGUAAAUUGACCAAAUUUACUUUUUCUUUCCAGUGUCAGAGAAUUGUAAAUGUAACAUAUUAUGCCAUGUUGUGUCAUUUAUGAAAUAAAACAUUAUGUUAUGAAUAUUGUAUUAUAAGUCGUGCAUACAAAAGAUAAUUAUUUUUCAUGAGGAGUAUAAUUAUAAAGGUCUUGAACAUAGUAGGACUUUUUCCACAUUAAAGAGAUAAAAGUCACACAGUUUAAAAAUACACAGCUUAACAGAAAGGCAUGAAUUCAUGAAAGAUUUCGUCUAAAAGCUCUCAACCGACUAAUACUAAACAAAACCAUAGAAGAUGAAUAUAAUGCUAGAACUAUAUGAACUAAAAGAUGCGACUGCAGUUAUCAGUAAAGUGAUUACUUGCCAAAAAUUGUUACCAGCUUAAACAUUCACAGCUUAACAAAAAUAAGUUACCUUUCAUAAGACUGUUUUAUGUAUGAUAUUGAAUGAAGGAUACCACAAGAGCAAACCAUAAACAAUAUGUAAAUAUGAAAAUUGGACCUAUUGAAAGUAAUUUCCGAUAUUUUCACUUAGUUGCAUUUAAGCAAAAUGAAUCCUUAAUCUAUUCUUCAAGAAAUAGAAUAAAUGUGUCUUUAUAGACAUUGAUAAAGUGAAAAUUUUAAGUUAUUUUUAAUUUGGUCCAUUGAUGAAAGUAAUAAUAUUGAGCCAGCAAUAAAUGAGCUAAAGUUAGACAGAAACCGAUAACAAUCAUCCAGGGCACUACGUCUAGACCUUUGAAGAAAAAUAACUACAUACCUUUAUGACUCUUAUUAGAGAGUUAAUACCUAUUAAAUGAACUGUAAUAUGAAAGAUGUAAAAUGUAGCUGUAAAAAUAUGAUGAAGAAGAAUCCCUUAAAUAUUUAAAGAAAGGAGAAAGCAACCCCUUGCAGAAUUACCAGGUAUAGUAGGAACACUGUUAUGUCUGAUAUGUACAAAUUAGUGGUCAGAAUUAUAAAUUGCAUAUAAAAUUAAAUAGAAAAAUGUAUAAACAGCAGUUAAAAAGUUUUUGUUAUACUAAAGUAUUGUAAUGUAGUGUUGAUAUAAAUUAUUUCAUUUUGAUAAACAUAACUUUCUAGAAGUGUUGUCUUUUCUAAUGUAACUAGUAAAGAUAUCGAUUUCAAAUUAAAUGUAAUAUAAGUUAUAACUGAUAUUUUAAAAUAAGAUGCAGCUGGGAUAAGUGACAUUCCAUUGGAGCAAUGAAACAUCUUCAAAUAGAACAAAUUUAAUUGGAAAAAUUUUGAUUCACUCUAUUUCUGCGAUGAUGAUUAACCAUGGGACAUUUAUUUUUCACAGGUGCUUAUAUUGGUUCAAGCCAGGCGACAAAGAGAGUAGAGGUGUGUUAGUCCAAAAGGGAUUAAAUGAACAAGUGGAAAAGUAACCUAGUGACAAUUUAUAUUGACAUUCAAAACUUGUUGAACGUGAUAAAAUCAGUGUCCAAACAAUAAAGAAAGAAUGAGUGGACAAAUAAAAUAUUCUUGCAGAGA